AUGCAGCCGGAGCACCGUCAGAGCAUGGUGGCCUUGUACCACCUCGUCUUGGAGACCGCUGUGGUCAAGGUCGUGCUGCUGGUGCUGCAACUGCUGUGCUGCGCGGUGUUCUGGGUGGUCGAGAAGACCGUGGGCUUCAACGAAACCGUCGGCUCGAAGCGCCACCGAUUGUGGAACAGCAAGUUCAAGCUGCGCACCAUCCAGCGCCAGUUGAUGUGGCGCAUGGCCAAUGCCCGGGGCGACGAGACGCUCGUCUUCUUUGCCGUGCUCAUGACCACGCCCUGGCUGUUCUCCCUCAGCCUCCUGGGAUUCAUCAUGUCCCUAGCGUCGCUCCUGAAGAAGACCUCAUUAUCAUAA